GCGUGUAUCGAUUGAAACACAAUCUAAUUAAUUUUGAUAUGAGAACUACUAUAAUACUUGUACUUUACGAGAUCAUUACAUUUGUCAUUCUUACACAUAGCGGUGAAUAAAAAAAUGAGUGUAUAAGAACGUUGUUUCUUAGAUGUAUUUUAAGAUACGCGAAAAUGCGAAAGACAUAUAUAUAUGUAUAAAUAAGAGCACAAUAUAAAUGCGAUGCAAAAAGGCUGAAUAGUUAAAGACCUUUAUUGCAAUACGAAAUGCAUUCAUUCAUAUCUAAAUGGGGGAUAAAAAGAAACAAAAGUAAAUAAUAUAUCGCGAUAUUUACCGUAUAUCGACUAAGACAAAACAGUUUUGGUUGAUGAUAUAAUGAAAGACAAAGGAACCAGAACAAAAUGAAGGGAAAUAAUGUAAGUCAAAACAAAAUUGCUGUGUCAUUAGUAGCGGUACUACUAGGCUAUCCGGAAGUAAAAAGGAGUCAGGAUCAGGAACCAGCAUGAAGGACAAGGAUAGAGAGAUGACCAAAGCUAUUAACGCUGAAUUUUCUGAUGACGACGAAGAGGACGAUAAUAAAAGUAAUUGGGACGACGACGAAAAGCCACAUGAACGUGAUGAUGAAGAAGAAGAAGAGGAGGAAGAGAAAAAGAAAAAAGAUGAUAAACGAAAGAAAGAGAAACAAGAACGGGAGAGACAGAAUACUGAAGACGAAGAAGAAAAAGACGAUGAAGUGAAAGAAGAUGAAGAUGAUCAUAAGCAUGAGGAUGAUGAAGAUGAUGGUGACGAUGAGGAAAGAGACGAUAACGAUAAAACUGAUCACGGUCGAACUACUGGUUCUGAUGAGUUGCCCAGCAGAAGAGAUGGAAGAAAAUUCAUUAAAUUAACUUGUCCACAUUGCGCUCACCGUAGUGUAACAUUUAAAGAAUACUCGUUGCAUUUAUACUCGGGUCGUCACAGUGCUGCUAUGAGACGAAUCGCAUCACGCCACAAGGCAACUCUGACGCGUAUGCGAGUUUUACAACGACAAGAACAACGGCGUGUCGAAGCUCGUGAUGCAGCACGUGGUACUUUACCAUCUCGUACCAUGUUUUGUCCCAUUUGUAAACUGAAUUAUAGGUCGUUGAAAGCGGUACAUCAAUUGUCGGAAUCUCAUCGUCAAAUGAAACGAUUCCUCACACCAUUUUGUAGGGUUUGUCGCAUUCAGUUGCGAUCGCCAAUGCUCUUUGAAACUCAUAUGUGUUCUUUGGAUCACAUUAAGAGGAAAAGUGCAUUGAAAGAAAGAAUGAAUGCUGGGAACGGUGAAGCAGAAGCAGAUUCUAGUGGGCCCGAAGAAGAUGACAAGGAAGUAAAUCUUGAUAAUUUCAUGACGUUAGAUUCAGUAGGUGAUGUUGACGCAGAAGAUGAAGAGUCCUCGGAGAAGAAAAAAGAAAAACCAGAAAGCGAGGGUACAAACGAAACGGAAAAGAAGCCUAAGAGUAAGCAGAUGAUUAAAGUUGGAGCUGAAUACAUAAAACGUGUCGAAGUUCAAUUUUGUGAAUUAUGUAAAAUAUAUCUGCCACGUAGUGAAAACAGCGAAAGAGCGAUAGCACUCCAUUGUUCAACUAGAAGUCAUCUUAAACGGUAUGUGCGCGAUAAUGAUGAUAAAGCAUUACGAAGACAAGCGGAAAGAAUACAUCUACAAUCAUCGUCAUCUGCUAAUACAACUUCUACACCAAAUACUGUAAAUACUACGGAAAACAUAAAAUCACCAAAUAGCUCUGAACCACCGUCUGCAAAUAACACAUUAGUAGUAACUACCCCUGAUGGUACUAACGUCACAGAAUCUGGUAAACCAAUUGAGCAGAAAGGAAACGCUUCUGAACCUGAAAAAAAUAUUAAGGACAACAAGAAUGGACAGGCUGAAGAAGAAGAUGAUGAUGAUUAUCCAGGCGACAGUGCCGAUAAAUUGUGGGAUGAUGUCGAUAAAGAUCUAGGCGACAUUUUGAGAGAAACAGAAGUAGGAGGUAAAUCCAGUGACGAUGAAGAUUCUCGUUAUGAUCGUUUCCGUAAUUCAGAUAAGAAACAACAACAUUCUGGGAAAGAUAAAGAAAGAGACAGCGAGAAAAAUGAAAUAGAUGAAAAGGAAAAUAUAAAGAAGCAGGAAGUGAAAGCAAAAAUUGAAAAAAUAGAUAUGUCUAAAGUUUCACGUGAUACGCUCUAUGAAUGCGUGAAUAGUGUAAUUCAAAAUUCACAAGAGAAAAAGAGGAAAUUUUUGGAAACUGUGGAACUCCAAAUUGGUUUGAAGAAUUAUGAUCCACAGAAGGACAAACGUUUCUCAGGCACCGUCAAAUUGAAGAACAUUCCAAGACCAAAGAUGCAAGUUUGUGUUUUGGGUGAUCAGCAACAUUGUGAUGAAGCUAAGGCUAACAAUAUUCCAUAUAUGGAUGCGGAAGCAUUGAAAAAAUUGAACAAAAAUAAGAAGCUAGUUAAAAAACUAGCUAAGAGGUACGAUGCCUUUUUAGCCAGUGAAUCUUUAAUCAAACAGAUUCCUCGCAUACUUGGUCCUGGUCUUAACAAGGCUGGUAAAUUCCCUGGUCUUCUUUCUCAUCAAGAAUCAAUGGUAGGAAAAAUUGACGAAGUCAAAGCCACGAUCAAGUUUCAAAUGAAAAAGGUAUUAUGUCUGUCGGUUGCUGUAGGACACGUGGAAAUGACUCCAGACGAACUGGUGCAAAAUAUACAUCUUUCAAUUAAUUUCUUGGUUUCAUUAUUAAAGAAACAUUGGCAAAACGUUCGUUCUCUCCACAUAAAGUCUUCCAUGGGACCUCCUCAAAGACUUUCCUCAAAGAAUAUGAUAUUAAGGAAGCAAUUACAAUUUUUGAUUUACGCGCUACGAAGUCUCUACGUAUUAGCCGGGAACGAUUCAAUUAAGAUAAAUGGAUAUGAAACGACAGAUGAUGCUGUACAAUUUUUGUCGUUAGAUUAUAUAGAAAACACAACGAAUAUUGAAACUGACGAUGUGUAUUUACAAUCAUUUAAAAAAGUCGAAGAUUUUUUUGAUGAAACAACACAGACUCAUCGAAACGAGCUCCUACCAAAUGAUUACCCGAAUAGCAACGGUGUUAAUAUAUCAAGCCGCGAUACGCUAAUCAUCGACUUCGUCGAAAAAUUUAGACAUGGGUUUAAUGCAAUAGACAAAUUAAAUGAUAAUGAGAUUUUUUUACUGAAUGAUUCGGAAAAUAAACAAUCGAUAUGUAAUGUGGCAGCACUAUUAUUAUAUGUCAAUGAGUUUUCUGUUACUAAAAAUGAAAUAUUCUUUCUAUGGAAAAUAGAAAAAGGCAAUAGUAAUUGUGUUUUAAUUCACAUAAAGACUAUAUGUAACUAUGUAAUAACUAAUGGUUAUGGCUAUGAUAUUAUUAUAAAUGGAACUGUAUCAACACCUAUAAACACACCUGUUGAAGAUACUUCUUUUACUGUAAAUUCAACAGUAAAAGGACUCAGUCCAUACACAACAUACUCUUGUUCAGCACAUGUUGCUAGUAAAACAGGAAUAAGUGAAUUUAGUAGGUCAAUAAACAUAACAACAUUAGAAGAUAUACCAUCUAUACCUGAACUUAAUGUUAUAAACAUAACACAUUCACAGUUCAUAAUUGCAUGGAAAUCACCAACAUAUUUAGCAGGAAGUCUACAUGAUUUUGAAAUUACUCUUGAAUGGGAAGAACGUUUUUCAAUACCAGAUUGGUGUCAAAAACUAUUUAGAAACAUGACAAAAUCUUUUAAUGGAUCUAUGUUUUCAUUUGAGUAUACAGAAGCAGUAGCAUAUACAAAUUAUAAAGUAAAGAUUAGAGCCAAAACAGGUGCAGGUUGGGGAAAUUACAGUGAAUAUUUAAUAUUUCAAACACCACCUAAAGUUCCAGAUAUGGUAACAAAUUUGUCAAUGUUUUUCACAAAUAAUAAAAAUAAUACAAAUGCCAUGAGUACUAUUUUAACAUGGGGCUUCCCAUGUUUGUUGAAUGGGAAAAUAGAAUAUUUUAAUGUGUUUGUACAUGGAACUAGAAUUAAUUAUCCACCUCACUCUUUUUCAAUUAAAAAAUGUAUUUCAUAUAAUAUUAUAAAAAAUUAUAUAUUUGUUAUGAACUUAGUGGAGUUACGAGCAGAGUAUAAUUAUACUGUAGAAGUAUCUGCUAAAGUUGAAGAUGUUCAGGAAUUAGGAGUGCCAGCAAAAAGUACUAUUUUAUUUCCACCUGGUAUUCCAUUUCAACCAGAUGAAGAAUACAUAAAAUCUAUAACAAUAGAUCCAUCUAAGGCACGAAGAACUACAACAUCAGUCACUCUUUUACUUCCACUAUUUCCUGAUACAAAUGGUGAUAUUAUUUCCUAUGCUAUUAUAGUAUCAAAAGCUGAACACAGUGUUGCAUCGAAUACCAGAUUUAACUUAACAAAUCAUACAUGGCCAAACAUAUCUUCUUGGGAAGAAGCCAUGCUACAAGAUUUUACAAUACCAUAUCAAGCCACUAGAUUAUAUUGGAAUCCUUAUCCUAAUUAUGUUGCUGAUUAUGGUGAUGUAAAGGCAGUAAAGUAUACGCUUGGCGAAGAUACAAAUUGUGAAGAAAUUUCAUCUAACACUAAUAAACGAGUUUAUUGUAAUGGACCUCUUAAACCAAAUAUGUGGUAUCACGUUAGAAUGAGAGCUUUUACUCGUUGUGGUUAUGCUGACUCUACAAUAUUUUUAAUUAAAACUAAUGCUGAAAUAAACAUUGGACUUGUUAGUGGGAUUGUUUUUGGUAUUCUAUUUUUAGGAAUAUUAACAACAAUCAUGUUACUAGUGCGCAAAUGUUCACCUCAAGUGAUACUUCAAAGAUUUCUACAUUCUGACAUGUCCGGUUCACCAGUUCCUGUACCUUUUUCAAAGAAGAAAUUUUUGGCUCAUUGUCAACAACUUAUCGAUAAUCCUGGGAAAUUAAGUAACGAAUUUCAAUUACUUCAAACUCUUAGCGUGGACUUACAGAUGCCAACAAAUAAUGCCUGCUUGCAAGCUAAUAAAAAGAAAAACAGAUAUUCUGACAUCUUGCCAUAUGAUUUCUCAAGAGUCAAAUUAGAAGUAAUUGACAAUGAUCCUAAUACUGAUUAUAUCAAUGCAUCUUUUAUACGAGGUUAUACUGGAGAAGAUGAAUAUAUAGCAUGUCAAGGCCCAAAGGAAGAAACAACAUUUGAUUUUUGGAGAAUGGUAGAACAGUAUAACAUUAACAUUAUAGUUAUGUUAACUCAAUUAAUUGAAAAGGGCAAGGAGAAAUGUUAUCAGUAUUUUCCAACGAUCAGAGAAACUUUUAGAUAUGAAAAUAUGACCAUAAAGUGUACAAGUGAAUUGGAUUAUAGAUACUAUACUCAAAGAACAUUAGUCUUACAAAAGGAGAACAAAAAAAGAUAUAUAACACAUUUACAUUUUAAAGAUUGGCCAGAUCAUGAUAUUCCAGAAGAUUUUGACCCUAUGAUUCAUUUCUGUCAAGUCAUACGUCGUAAUUUUUUAGCUAAUAAAGGAUAUAUUGUCAUCCAUUGCAGUGCAGGAAUUGGUAGAACAGGUACCUUAAUAGCAGUAGAUAUGCUUUUACAAAAUUUACGUGACAAUAGAAAGUUAGAUGUAUUUGGAACUGUAUAUAGAUUGCGACAUCAUAGGAUAAAUAUGGUACAAAAAGAAAGUCAGUAUGCUUAUAUAUAUAAUUGCAUAAAACAAGUACUGAAGAAUCCAUAUUGCUUAAAAUCUUAUAAGCCUCCACCUAUGGAUCCAUUAAAUGAAAACACUUCUAAGAAAUCAAAAACAAUAUCAAAUUCAAAAUUAAAUCUAGUCAAUAAUUUUGAGUACAUGUAAUAAUUUAUUGUAGAAAAUCGUUAUUUAUAUAUUUAUUCCUAUUUGUACAAUAUUAGUAUUCAUAUGUAGAAAGAAAAAUCCUAAAAAUAAUAAUAUUUUAUUUUAUUAUCACAGAAUUUACACAUUUAUCAAUAACAUGAAAAUAACAUAUUUUAUGAUUAUGAACAAAGUAACUCAUUUGUAUCACAAAUCAAAUUUCUAUUGGAUCUUUUGUUCUAUAGCAUGGAUGGAAUUAAUUUGCAAUCGUGGAUUAUUUUGUUUGUUAUGUGGAUUAUUUAAUAUUCAAAUAGAUUAAUACCACAGGUUGGCAUUUAAGUAGCAUUCAUAUGUGAUUUAAAAGUCCAAUUAAGUAGUUACUCAAUGUAUAUAUUGCAACUGAAUUGUUUUAAAAACUUCUUAAAAUUUAAUAAUAAAAUUAAUAUAAAAUUACAGUCAUCUCAAAUUU